UUCAUAGAUCUGGAGGAGGGUUAUUCAAAGUACCGGACGACUAUGACACGUCACUGGGAAGGUUUUAUCAAGUCCAGCGAGCAACUUCAAGAUGAUCUGAAGAAGGCCCUCCAGAAACACGACCGUAGUUGUUCUUCGAAGACGUUUCCGAAAUCAAUACUUCCCUCGAACUCCAGGUUCUCGAAGCCUUAG